AUGCACACAACCAUAUUCUCCCUGCCACUGGGCCUCUUAUUACUCACGUCUUCAACCACCCUCGCAAUCCCGAUCCAAUCCUCGCCCUCCAUGCUAGACACCUAUCUCGAUUUCAAUGGGCCCCCACUGCAACCCGCGGCAGCACUCAUCCAACGCUCCUCACCCCUCUCCAACCAACCUCCCUACCCUCUACCACUGCAAAAACGGACCCUUGAUCGGCGCCAGAAAGGCAGCAACAGCAACAACCAACUCCAUUCCGACCUCGCAGCCCCAGUCCCGAAUCUCCAAAAACAACGCAAGCGAGAGCUAAUCCAGGCACAAAAACCGCUCACCGAAUCCCAAGCCCAAGCCCAAAAACCACUGACCCAGCGCCCUGGCCCUGAGACGCCCGCAGACGCGAAGCCGCAGACGCAUCAACACAAGAAUCCACACCCAGAUCCAAACGGCCCCCACCACCACCACCACCACCACCACCUCCCUCACCACCACCACCACCCCCACCACAACCCCGGCUCCCCAAGCACCUACCCGCACGGCAUCAGAUUCCCGUACUCGACAUUGUCGCCAUCCACGCCUCAGUGCCCGUCGCGAUGUCAGCUACGCACCACGCUGCUCGCCGUUUCAGAAACAGAACUGUCAAAGGCGAAAGGAGGGGACGACGACGACGACGAUACCAAAAGCCAGAUUCGGAUUCAGCCUAGGUCUCGACCUCGCGCCCACGCUCACCUUGAAAGACGUGCACACGCCCUCACCAAAGCCUUGCUGCACCGCCUGCUGGCAGACGGAGAUGCUUCUUCCGCUUCUUCCGCUUCUGCUUCUGCUUCUGCUUCUUACGGCUCGCUUGCUGAGGGCGGGAGUACUACUACUACUACGAAUACUACUGCAGGUACUACUACUGCUAUUGAGCCGCUGCUGCUUGCGGGCUCGAAGAAAGAAGCUGCUUCUGAGCGGUGA